GUCAUGGGCGCUGGGAACUCAGCGAAGGCUCCGAUGAAGUUCUGCGAAGUCUGCGAGGACGCAAGGUUUGACUACCAGGCGAAAGGCAGCGCGGCGACCUCCCCGCAGCAACGCAACUUCCCAGCUUUCGACUCGAGCGACACCUCACUCUUUGCGGCUGUCAGCGCGUCCUCGGCCUUCUUAGGUGAGUUUGUCAGUGUGGACUGGUGGAACACUUACUUUCAGGACCUCUUGGCGCAGUCCAUUGCGGAAUUCAUCCAACUUCCCGGCCUGAAUCCAGAAUUCGUGCAGUGGCUCGAGAAUGGGCUCCUCAAUCUUCUGCACGCGCAACUGCCUGUCUGGGCAGCUUCAGCUAGCAACGGCGUGGAAUCCUUCACGAAGGCCACGGGUCUCCUGAAGCUGCUACAGAAAUCCAACGGCCAGCCCGCGAACUUGAGCCUGCCUGAACUGGCGAAGGACGGCCUUUUCGGUUUGGUAGAUGGGGCUCUUACGGAUAACACUGCCAUCGGCCACGCUUUGGCAGCAGGUCUGGACGAGGUCAUUUGCAUCAUGGAUGGCAUCGACGACCUCUGGGAUUUGAUGGGUGGAGUUCCCAGCCACAUGGACAUACUUCAAGUGCCAAUUUUGGGUUCGCUGAUCAACACAUGCCCGUUCUGCUACGCCAACUUCCAGCUUUUCGCAGAGAGCAGCGAGGAGAUGGGCAGGAGCAGUGGCACACAAAUUCGCAGCAGCUGA